AUGAUUCCUGACGUUUCCCCUAAUUCACUCAACCGAGCAGAUUGGGAAAGGGUCUUAAUUUUGCUAACUCCAGAAGCUGUAAAGCAAGGCAAAAUAGAGGAGACCAUAAGAAAACUGCAGUCCAAAGGCUUGAUUCUCAGAGAUUCUAAGUUACUUUAUCUUACAGCUAAAAUGAUGGAAGGUUUAUUUUCCAGAAGGCUAAAAGAAAGUGAAGAGAAGUCGUUUGCAAUGUGUUGGGAAGGACAAAAUCUAAAAAACAUGAUUAAAAAUUUUUGCAAGAAUCCUCAAGAUUUAGGAACUGAAAUAAUGUACUUUCUUUAUUGGCCUGAACUAGUAGCUACCAAAUUAUCUGUAGUUUUCAGCAAAGAAGAGAUGAAAAAAUGGGAUCCUCAGAUUGAACUAAAAGAACUUCAAAUCUCAAAUGAAAACAUAAAUGCCACUUUUCCGCCUAAAACACCAAAUAUUGAUAGCUUUGCAAAGAAACAUCCUAUGCCUUUAGGACAAUUGAAUAAAAAAUUCCAGGCUCCAAAAAAUUCAAAAAAUAUCCCCUUAAAAUCAUCUCUCAAAGUUCUUCAUCAUAUCUAUGCUAACUUCACAUCAAUUCCACGCAUUCUCUCCCCCAAACACUCCAGAUUCACAAAAAACGCUCUGCAGCAAAAAAGGAACAAUUCUCGAUGCAUUCAAAUUCUUCCGAAACUUCUCAAAAAGCCUAGAACGAAUUCCUUUGAGAAAAUUGCAAGAGCCUAA